AUGUCAUAUGAGUUUGAGUCAUCCGAGAACGUUGAUAACAGAUAUCCGUCUAGUACUAGUACCGCUAAUGCAAUACCUGUCGUAUUUGUUGAAGGCUUUCUUGGUCCAGGAGUACCUGAAUAUUGGGGUCCCUUGAAACACAUAUUUGCAGGGAAUGAGGAGAAUAAUAUUAAAGCACGGCGAUGUAUAUUUGUUAAACCUGGUUGUGGAAGCUCACUACAUGACAGAGCGGUCGAGAUUUUUUACCAAUUAAAGGGAGGAAGAGUUGACUAUGGAGAAGCGCAUGCGAAAGAUUUUGGUCAUGUGCAAUAUGGGAGAAAAUAUGAUGGUUUAUAUCCAGAGUGGAGUGUAGGAAAGCCGUUGCAUUUUAUAGGUCAUUCUUUGGGUGGAAAUACACUGUGGAAAUUACAACAACUCCUCGCGGCAAAAGAUUUCUUUCCGCCCCACCUUACUCCACACCCUGAUAUGAUGUAUUCAUUAACUACUGUCUCAGCACCUCUGCGUGGCAGUCAAGGUGUAUACAUUCUUGGUAGCCGACAUGAUGUGCCUGGGCGCGUUCGUCCUUUUUCAUUCGGAUGUUGGCUUGCUCGAUGCGUGCAUUUAUACGAAUAUUUUGAUAUCAAGUGGCUUAAGAACAAAUUCUAUGAUUUCAAUGUAGAUCAUUGGGGGUUUAGUUAUUGGAAUAAUAAUGGUAUACGUGAAAUCGGUGAACUUAAAACUGUAACAAAACAAGAAGAGGCAACCCAGAGGAAGUAUGGGUUAUGGAGAUGUUUAUUAGAGAGCCCAUGGCUAUAUUCUAAAGACAACGCACCAUACGAUAUGACUAUUCAUGCCAUGGAAGAACUCAAUGAGACCAGCCGGACGUUCUCUAAUACUUUCUAUCGAUCAUAUGUAACAUCAAUGACUCAUGUGGAUCCACAUACUCAAUAUCACUACCCGCAAUUCUCACUUUCCUUACGACUUCCAAUUUAUAUUCUCUCUCGCCAAAUAGGACGCUAUCAGUUCCCAUCUUCCUUGUCUAUUCCGCCAUCCGAACUACCUGAAUGGUACGAAAACGAUGGUGUAUGUCCUGUGAUUUCACAACGGCAUCCUCGUUCGUGUGCGUCUGGAUAUUGUUUUCAUUAUCAAGGACUCCCUCCAAUUGAUGGAUUGGCUAAGGCCAAACCACGAAAAGGUGUUUGGGAGGUAUGGGAAAUUAAGGCGACAGAUCACUUCAGUCUUGUUCCUUCGUGGAAAGGAACUGAAAUGCAAUUGAGAUUUUAUGAGGGAUAUCGGAAGCAUCUAGAUAUUAUUGACGAAUUAAUGUUCAGUAAAUAUGAGAACGGUUUAUAA